AAAACUUUCUAUCAGAAUUUCUUCAAUGGGUGAGGCUUCGAGCCCAGAAACAGACACGAACUGCACUUCACCCUCUUCAUCACCUCCACCAUCGAACUCGAAGAAGCGAGGGAGAGAGAACACUAACACAAAGCACCCACUCUACAGAGGGGUUCGAAUGCGCACGUGGGGAAAAUGGGUAUCCGAAAUCCGCGAGCCACGUAAGAAGAACCGAAUCUGGCUAGGCACGUUCGCCACCGCCGAGAUGGCGGCGCGUGCACACGACGUCGCCGCGUUAACCAUAAAAGGCUCCUCCGCAAUCCUCAACUUCCCCGAACUCGCUUCCUCUCUGCCCCGACCCGCUUCCAACUCGCCCCGAGACGUUCAAGCCGCCGCCGCCAAGGCCGCUUCCAUGGAGGCUCCUCCUCUCACCCCUCCCUCCCCAGCGUCCACGCCGGAGGAUCUCGCCGAGAUUGUGGAGCUUCCGCCGUUGGGAACGAGUUUCGAAUCGCCCGACCCGUCUACCGAGUUCGUUUUCUUCGACCCGGAUGAUGGGUGGCCCUAUUCUCACCCGUGGUUACACGGCAUUCAUGACGGUGGGUACUUCGUUGGUGACAUGAACUCGAUAUCACUGUGGCCUUAG